AUGAGCAAGACACAGUCCCAGCCCACCAGGAACCCAAGUAUAGUAGUUAGAAAUGGCACGCAGUCUCCGUUGGAGACCAAUAAAGAAAAGGAGAAUCUUUGUAAUUUGGAAAAGAAAUCCUCCAGCCUCUCUGGGGGAAAAGGGUUUCCUGUUAGCCCCAAUACUCUAAAAGAGCACUUUAGAAGUCUGGAAGAAAGGAAAAAACAGCAUAAAGAAGGCCUCUAUCUGAGUGACACUUUGCCUCGAAAGAAAACUACACCUUCCAUCUCCCCACAUUUCAGCAGUGCUACUAUGGGGAGAAGCACCGCCCCAAAGGCUCACCUGCCCCUAGGACAGAGCAACAGCUGUGGCAGUGUGCUCCCUCACUCGCUGGCAACCAUGACCAAAGACUCAGAAUCCCGGAGGAUGCUCAGAGGAAGAAUGAACUCCUCAGCAG